GACAUGUUGGCUCUUGGGGAGCUGGCACUGAGCCAUCAUGGACGCUCGUAAACAACAACAGCGUCAAGUUGAAGUCGACUGGCUGUGAGCGGCGGCCUUGCUGUCUGCCGCGGCUUUUUUUGGUGAGAGCACAGCAAACAUACCCCGACGUGCUUUUCCAACAAUGCGCCGUGUGUUGGCUUGACUGACUGCUAUCCAUCUGGUUGGACUUCCCUUUCUUCAUCUGUGUCAUAUAGCUUAAUACAGCCAUGUCUUCCCAGCAGCCCAACAGCUCAGCCCCCAACAGCCCCACCAAUGUUAUUGGUUCCCCAUUUUCAGUCAUCAGUCCCUCUAUCAACUCUUCAAUGGUAUCUCCCUCUCUGGGAUUUGGACCCAUAAGCCACAGCCAGAUGACACCUUCAGGCGCCAUGUCAGGGAUGCACUCGAUCAGCAGCUCCGAAGACAUCAAGCCUCCAUUCGGCCUGAGGCCUAUGUCGGCUCACAGUCCGGGAAUCAUGUUGUCCCAGAAGCGCCUUUGCGUCAUCUGUGGAGACCGCUCAUCUGGCAAGCACUAUGGCGUGUACAGCUGCGAGGGCUGCAAAGGUUUUUUUAAAAGGACAGUUCGCAAAGAUCUGAGCUACACGUGCAGGGACAACAAACAGUGCCUGGUGGACAAACGCCAGCGCAAUCGCUGCCAGUACUGCCGCUACCAGAAGUGCCUGGCCAUGGGCAUGAAGAGGGAAGCGGUCAAACAUGUAAGGUGGAAUAAAGAAGAUGGAAAGGAUGAGGGGUGGAUGACGGUGCAGGAGGAGCGCCAGAGGAACCGGGAGCGGGAGGGAGAGCUGGAGUUCAGCAUGAGCAUUAAUGAGGAGAUGCCGGUGGAGAAGAUACUGGAGGCGGAGACUGCUGUGGAGCAGAAGACUGAGCUGCACUCUGAUGGAGGCUCUGCGGGCAACUCGCCCCACGAUGCAGUCACCAACAUCUGUCAGACUGCAGACAAACAGCUGUUUGCCCUGGUGGAGUGGGCCAAGAGAAUCCCUCACUUCUGCGAGCUGCCUCUCGAUGACCAGGUCAUACUCCUGCGUGCAGGUUGGAACGAGCUUCUCAUCGCCUCCUUCUCCCACCGCUCCAUUGCCCUGAAGGACGGCGUUCUUCUUACCUCCGAGCUGCAGCGUGAGGGUGUUGGAGGUGCAGGAGUCGGAGCUAUUUUUGACAGGGAGAGUGUGCAGAGUGCAGAGGUCAGUGCCAUAUUUGACAGGGUCCUCACUGAGCUGGUCAACAAGAUGAGAGAUAUGCAAAUGGACAAGACGGAGCUGGGCUGCCUUCGCGCCAUUGUGCUCUUCAACCCAGAUGCAAAAGGUCUGUCCAACACGGGGGAGGUGGAGCUGCUCAGAGAGAAAGUCUAUGCUUCCCUGGAGGCCUACUGCAAGCAGAAGUACCCCGAGCAGCAGGGCAGGUUUGCCAAGCUUCUCCUGCGACUCCCCGCUCUGCGCUCCAUCGGCCUGAAGUGUUUGGAGCACCUGUUCUUCUUCAAGCUGAUCGGCGACACGCCCAUUGACACUUUCCUAAUGGAGAUGCUUGAAGCCCCUCAUCAGCUGUCCUAGAAAGCAGACUGUGGUGAGCUGUAAAGAAGCGUGGGACUGGAGUGUGGCACUUUAACUUUUGGAAAGAUAUGUCCGCUUGUCUCACUGCUAUCUGGGUUCCACUUCUUCUUUUUUGUGAUAUUUAGUGCUGCACAGAAUUGCUCUCUGUAGACCAAACCCGAUGCUCAGCAUGAUCUUCAAGCUGGUGCUAAGUGUUAAACUUCAUGGUGGAUUGAAAGAAGUCUUUUUAAACUUCCCUCACAGGCUAUAUACCAUUUUCUAUAAGCUUUUUAGACACGGCUUAAGUCAUCCCUUUUAAAUGGAACCAGAUGGCAAGCAUGAGUUGAAGACCUAGUCUUCUUUUUAGUCAUUUCUAUUCACCACGGCUGUCCAAAGGCUGCAAAGCUCCGCCUCUUAGGCAAGAUGAAAUCUGAGCAGAGGCGGAGCGAUUGCUGCCGACGUUUAGACUCGUUUACGCCCUUUUUUUUCUAAGUCAAAUCACUUGACUGUUUUUUAUUUCUAAAAAGAUCAACGCCCGCCAGCUAAACGUGGCGUUUGGUGCUAUUUCAGAGAAAACCGCCACAUUAUUUGGUUUGAAAACUUGACACCUAAGAGGAUAUGCAAAAUAUGACCUUUUUUAUUUUUGGUAAAAAAAAUGUAGCAAUAUAAAAUGUUAAAAGUGCGUCAGAGCUUUCUGCCUUUCACUCAUUCAGGGUUUUACAAAGUAAAUCACGUCUGAUGGAAAGGGAAUAUUCCAUUUUGUAAUUUAUACAAUUGUGAGGUACUGUGCAAAAGCAAUUGUUCAGGGAACAUGUAUAUUGGUUUGAAUUAUGAUCAGGAGAUACAAAUUAUAAAAUUCUUAGACCUGUGCCCCCCUCCUUUUUUUUUUUUUUAGUUUUCGGCUAGCAGAACAUGUGUUGGGUUGCACUGGAUUUGCUGACAGUGUUUUAGUUGGUGUUUCUUUUAUGCUCCAUUGUAUUUCCUUCCAGCAUUCUUUCCUUUUUGCUAGGUAGCUGUCCUGUUCCUUGUAUUGUCUCUGCAGUUUAUUCAUCACCGUCACGUUUAGGUCCAGAGCACCUCGAAACAAAACAAGAGGCCGCAAAUAAACACCGUUGAUAAACGAGACCUCCAGGUGCUCUUGAACACACACGGACUUGAAGCAUGAGUUGUGUGGUGGACUUAAAAUAAACAUAAAACUUUA